AUGCAGUCCAGUCGCCUGCCCCCCGCCCCCCCGGGCUCAUCCCGCUACCCUUUCCCCAUCAAUCACGUCGACAACCUCGACGAGCCGUUUCCCACGCGUGAUGCCCUCCAAGCCGCCACCAAGAGCCACUCCCAGGGAAACUUCACCAUCUCAGCCCGCAAGCUGCCCAUCUCCAAGGCCGGCGCCAUCGACCACCUCACCGACGAGAUCGGCAUCCCCAUGCCGGAGAUGAUAUUCGGCGACAACGUCGUGUCCAUCCUGCACCGACCCUCGAAAUGGUACUGCGAGUUCAACACCCCGGACGCCUUGGACGCCGUGGACAAGACGGACAAGCACAUGCUCAAAGUCGCCUACGCGAGGGACUGGGAAAGCACGCGCGAGGGAACCACACAAAGCAUCAAAGGCGUCGUGAAGCCCUACGACUGGAGUUAUUCCACAACAUACGCCGGCACCGUGGGCGUGGCAGACCAGCAGCCACAUGACGGAGCGCCGUCCUCUCGAGCCGCCGGCGCCCCGACCGUCCCGCGCUUCCAGGCGACAGACAAGAGGAUUCCCAUUGAACUGCUCAAGAGGCGGGACCCCAUCCUCUUCUUCGACGAGGUGGUCCUGUACGAAAGCGAGCUGGACGACAACGGAAUUUCAAUAUACAGCGCCAAAGUACGGGUCCACCAGCAGCGCAUGUUGCUCCUAUGCCGCCUGUUCAUGAGGCUAGACAACGUGGUGGUCAGGCUGCGCGACACGAGGGUGUACGUCGACUUCGAGACGGACGAGGUCAUACGAGAGUACACUGCCAAGGAGGCCAAGUUUGACCACGUGAAGCGGAAGCUCGCCAUGUCGGGCCGUCUACCGGAUGAGAUUACCAUUGUCCUGCGGGACCCCAACGAGCUAGAUCCUCUACUGGACGUCGUGCAACACAAGACCGAGGCGCUUUGUCUGAAGCAGACGUAG